AUGUCAUCAAAAGAGAAGUUGUUACAACUCGAAAAAGAAAAACUUCAAUUGGAAGAGGAAGUUUCAAGCAAGAAUUCCUCCAUGAAAUUACACGAACAGAAAAUUUCACAACUGGAGCGAUUAAUUGAAGAGGCAAGAACAGAAAUCAAACAAAAGAAUGUCGAGUUAGAAGAAACCAACGCACUCUAUCAAGAAAAAUCAGAGAUCUUGUCUAAGACAUUGGAAGCGAGAGAAAAAGAAAUUGAAGCAUUGAAAACACAGUUAUUAUUCUCCGAGAGUAAUUAUCGAUUGUUGGAAGGUAACAAAAAUCAACUCGAAGAAGAUCUUUCACAACUUCAUGAGCAAGAACAUAACUUGACUGCAAUGAUUCAUGAAAAAGAACAAAUCAUCCUUGACCUUCAAUUGCAAAUCGAAGCACUACAACAUGACUUGACACAAAAAAUUAAUGCCAAUUCAGAAUUAUCAAAAACACUUUCUGAAUUGAAAGAUACUAACGAAAAGAUGGAUAACUUUAUCAUAACUCUAACAAAUGAAAUUAAAGACAAAUCGCUCCUCAUUCAACGACUUGAAAGGAGAAUUUUAGAGAAUACCAAUGAAAUUAAGCAACUAACAGAAGAUAAGGAACGAAUUAUAUCUAGCUUAGAAAAGAAAGUCGCACUUUUAGAAAAAGAUGUUUCUGAUAAACAGGAAGAUGUCAAUAGACUUGUCACGCUCAACGAAAAGCAAAAGAAACAUUAUACAAAAAUCGUUAAUGAACUUGAAUCAAACCUUGAAGAAAAAGAAAAUCGAGAAAAACUUCUCUCUGGCUCAUUUAACGAGCAUAGUGUUAAACUUUCAGAAUAUUCUCGAAAGAUUGAAGCAAUGGAAUCUCAAAAAAGACAACUGAUGAACGAUAUUGAAAAGUUAGAAAAUGAAGCUCAUGAGAAAGGUCAAGAAAUUCUUGAAUUAACAGAAAAGAAUCAUUCUCUUCAAGGACGAGUCGAAGAAAUGGACAAACGAAUCAUGCAGCUUGAGAAACAACGAAAGCAGCAACAACAUGACUUUUCCACUCUGGAGAGUAAGAUGGAAGAAGAUGCUGCUAAAAUGAAACAACUUUCAAAAGAAUGCCUAGAUCUCAAACAACAAUUGACCACUUUAGAGGGUGAAUUGAGUUUAUCGAAACACAAACUUUCAGUCUCAGAAAAAUCAAACAAUGAAAUUUCUCAUGAACUCGAUAAAAAAGAAGAAUUAGAAACUCAAAUGAAACGUCAAAUUCAAGAACAUGAAGAAACAAUCAAGCAGUUAAAAUCACAACUCCUUCUAGAAAACAAGCUGAAAGAGGAAUUAGAGCAUACCAAGGAUCUUAUUCAGAACACUUCAAACCUUGUUGAAGAACAAAAUGAUGAGGUUCAAUCCCUAGAAAAGGAAUUAUCUCAACACUCUUCAUUAAUUGAUCGAAUGAAAGAAGAUAGCGAACAACGAAUUGCUGAAAUAACCUUCUCAUGUCAGCAACAUGUUCAAGAACUUGAGUCCAAGGAACGAGAAUUAAUAGAAUUGAGACAAAAUUAUCAAAAAUUGGAGAACAUGUUCUUUCAAAUGGAGAAAGAUUACCGAACGUUACAAACACAAGACGACUUGAUUAAUAAGCAAUUGGAAGAAAAGUGUACAGAACUUCAAAAUAGACUCGACGAAACCAUUGAUCCAAUCUCAAAUCGAGAACAAGAAUUAAAAUUCCUAAUGAAAGAAAAUUCAGAAUUGAGAGAACAAAUUCAGGAACAAAAGAAUAGUACCGAUCGAAUGCAGCAAGAAAUUGAAAGACUCUUGGAACAACUCACCAGCAAUUCAAGCAUUAGCACGUCACCAUCCAUGUCAAUGACUGAUACGAGUAGUAUUCUUUCAACUUCAUUAUUGUCUUCAACAAGCCUUCAAGGUUCAUUUGUGAGCGGUGUUGUCAACACCACUGGAGCAACAACAACCACUUCGGUGGCAUCAACUACUACUUCUUCCACUCGUCAAACUCAACAACCAAAAACAACUCAAUCUCCAAAGAAAACUCAACACAUGAUGCAAUCAGCAACUCUUGAUUUGAAACAUUUAUGGAAACAAUUAAGAGCAGAAAUUAUUCGAUUGAAACAGAAAAAUGUGGAACUCGCUCAACAAAUUAUGCAAGUUCAAAAGUCAAAGGAAGAAACAAUUGUGAAAUAUGAAAAACAAAUCAAGUCAACAUUUAUUGAUUUGAUGCAUUACAAAAAGGUAGCGGAAGAGGUUGAACAAUUGAAAUUGGACAAUACUCGUUUGUCAUUGGCAAAGAAAGAAGUGGAAGACAAUUUAUCAAAACUAGGUGCGAAACUUUCUGCAUUAGAAACAGAAAAACAGAAUUUAUGGAAAUUGCAGGAACAAACCAGAAAGGAACUUAUUAACUUGAAGGAAAAUGUGAUCAAACUCACAGAAGAAAAUGAAAAACUCUCAAAAAUGGAGAUACGUGCAUCCAACCAAACCAAUAUUGAGAUUGAGAAGUUAAAGAAGGAAAAACGAAGUUUGGAAGAAAAACUAUUAUCUGUUACGGAUUCAUCAAAGAGUCAAAAAGAAAUUACCCAACUCACAAACAAACUAAAAGAAGCUCGAACGACGAGAGAAAAACUUGAAAAACUUCUCAGAGAACAACGACUUCAAAUCGAAGAAAUGGAUACAAAGAAUAGAGAAUUGAGACUGAAAAUCACCUCUCUUGAAAAUUGUACUAGUAAUACCAAUAAAUAG